AAGGGGGGACGCAAAUGCGGAGAUAUCCCGACCCUUGUGCAUUUUGCUACACAUUUUCAAUGGUAUCACCCCGCCAGGAAAGCAUGGCUUUGACUCAAGAAUCUCUUUUGUCGUUUCUACUAGAGCACGGAGGCAAAGUGAAGAACUCUGAGCUGCUGAACAAUUUCAGGAGUCUCAUCAACUGCAGCGAUCCCGCGGAAAAGCAACACAAUAGAGACCUUUUCAAGAAGCUGGUAAACAGCGUCGCUGUGGUCAAACAGAUCGACGAUGUGAAGUUUGUGGUUGUAAAGAAAAGAUACCAGGACUUUGUCAAAGAAGUGCAAGAUGUUUCUCAGAAAACGCAGCUGGAUGAUUCUUUCUCAAGCCAGGUUACGAGGUUUUCUUACACAUCUCCCCGCCGGGCAGAGUCAGCCAGGAUAGUUUACACGGAUAAUGAAAACAAUUCUGCCAGCUCUCCAUUAAGCAUCGCCCAAUAUUACAGUGAUGCUAAACGCACGCAUGUGGAGAACGUGCUGAAAAAGAGGCCGUUGUCGAGUGGAGAUUUAACCACUGUCAAAGUCCUAAAUGUCUCCGGGGAUCAGACGUGCGGAUCGGGCAAAUCAGGAGCUGUGUUUGCUGUUAUAGCAGUAAAAUCGCCACCAAGAGAUUCUGCACCAGCAGCACACGAUGAUUUACACUCCCAGGUCCUUGAACAUGAAAGUUCAAACAAACCAGUCACCCAAGUUUCUCUACAGCCAGCUCUAACUUCAAACUUCUCAGCUUGCAAGAGGGACUCAUUAAAAGAAUCCCACAGUUGGAAAACCAGGCAGACCGAGGACAUGCAGCCACCUGGCUCUCCCCUGGUGAGGCCCCAAAACAAGACCACUAGACAAGUUGAUGAUGCCAGGUACUCUGAAUCCGUACCUUUGGAGCCAUUAGCUCAUGAGUGGCUGGUAAAGUGUGCUGCUGGACUAUGGGGACAAAUAUAUGCUUUGCUGCUGAGAGACACACGUUUAGUUCAGAGGAAAGACUUCAUUUCAGGUUUCACAGCACUCCACUGGGCUGCCAAGGAUGGCAACAAUGACAUGAUACAAAAACUCAUAGAUAUUUCCAGAAAAAAAGGCGCUUAUGUGAAUGUCAACUGCAAAGCACAUGGAGGAUACACACCUUUGCACAUUGCAGCCAUGCAUGGCCACACUAAAGUUAUGGUUUUGCUUGUCCAGAAGUAUGGAGCCAAUGCAAAUGAAAGAGAUAACGAUGGCAAGAAAGCCCUCCACUACCUGGGGAAAGGUGUGUCAACUGAGGUCAGGGGACUUUUGGGUGGACUGCUACAAAGCAAGGAGAAGACAGAGGAUGAGGAAUGCAAAGAGCAGACAAAAGGACUCAACACGAUCAGUAAACUGUUCCAGCCUCACAUAGGGAAGAAACAUAAGACAACAAUGAAGUUUGCGCAAGAAUUGUACAAUGUAUAGUAGGAAAUUGAGUUAUUUUUAACAUGUAUACAUUAAUUUUCUUACUAUUUUAACAUUAAUCUGUAUUAGUCAAAUAUGUUUUCAUUAUAUAAUGUGUAAUAAAUCUGUACAUGUAACCUC